AUUCUUCAAAUCUUGCUGACCUUUGGAUUUACAUUCUUGGGGUUUUUACCAUCAUUGGCCCUUGGAUAUAUGUUUGACGUGGCUUUGUUGAGUUAUGGCUUCCCAAAUGCCACCGAAGAAGAUUUCGUCCCUGAUCCUUAUGACCCCUAUUCCGCUCUGGUUCGCUGCUCAUUCCUUCCGAGGCACUCUUUUUGGUGCGAACCACCUGCGGAUCUUCAAGGCAACCGGACAAAUUUCGAUAAGUUUGGCGGUCAUGGCUGCUUCAAGUGGGGUGGCGUUUAUCCUGGCGAUGUUCAGCUGACAACACUUAAAUGCCAUGCUCUGCCAGGAAUAGAAUGCUAUGGAAAUCGCACCUUCUUUUUGCCCAACUACCCAUGCCUACGUUAUCACGGUUAUUAUUUCCCCACUACCUUACUUUAUAGCAUUUUCCUAGGGUUCUUGGGUGUCGAUCGAUAUUGUUUGGGUCAUCUGGGAACAGGCGUUGGAAAGCUUUUGACCGUUGGUGGAUGCGGUAUCUGGUGGAUAGUCGACAUCAUUCUUCUAGUUCGUGGAGACCUACGUCCCGCAGAUGAAAGUUCCUGGAUGCCAUUUGUCUAG